AUGUCGCAAGCCCAACAUCAGCUUCAACGUAACCUUGCCAGCAACCCCAAGGUAGCACCCUCCAAACCAACCACAGAGCUACCGCAAAGUUGCUUUGCCGUAGCUUUCAGAAGCCCUAUUUUUUGCGAUGGAGGAGGGGAGGGUGGUGGGGUUGGCAGUGCAGUCAGUGGCAGCAGACCACACGACGUUUGCAUUGCAGUGACUACGGAUCACAAGGUCAGGCAUCGUGCUUGUGUGCGACAACCAGCACAGGCAACUAAGCUGCCCGGCGCCCCCUCCGGACAGCACCCCUGCGCCAGUGCAAUGGUUGGAGCACCUGGAGGUGCUGCUGGUGGUGGCGUGGUCGCAGCAGGGCAUGGUGCUGUGCCGCGCACUGCAGGGUUGCGAGGCUGCUCAGGAGCCCCAGGAGGUUGGGUGCAGCAGGGGAAGCGGCAGGAGCUGUGGCCGGGGGCGGGGGAGAAGUGGUCGGAGAGAGUUGGGGGAGGGGCGUCAGCGGAGGAGCAGGGGUGCACGGGGGGGGAGAGGGCAGUGGCGCGGGACAUGUGGAUGACGUUUGGGGAGGAGUUCAAGAUGCUGCCUCGGCAGGGCAUGGACAGCAGCAUCUUUGGUGUGCUCAUGCUUGUGGUGCUCACUGGAUGGUCUUCACGUUUUGAGGAUGCUGGGGAGACCAAGCACAUCGUGGUGUGGGCAUCCGAGUGCCUGUCAUCAGGAGGUUCAGAGGGCCUCAAGCACCCCACCAUGGACGCCCCUGGAGAAACUGUGCUGCGCGUGGUUGAGCUGGCAGUGAGCUGCACCGUGGAGCGCACUGCAAGCCGCCCAAGCAUGGCACACAUUGCCACCCAGCUGCAGGCUGUCAGGGAGGAGGUGGUGGGGAAGGAGGAAUCUGGCGCUGCCAUCAAGGUGGAUGCGUAG